AUGUCGUCUUCUGAAAAGAAAAGAACAAUUUCUUCUACUAAACGCGAUCAGAAAACUGGAGAGAAUAGAGAUUCCUGGAGACGCUCGUUUGAUAGUGAAGCAGAAGCUAGUUCUCAUCCUUUAAUAGAAUAUCCUUCGCCAUUGGAAUUUGUAGAGAGUCUUGUUGUUCAACCUGACCUCACAUUCAAAAUUCUCAUAGUUGGUAAUCCACAUGUGGGCAAAUCCUGUUUCUUGACAAGAUUAUGUUCUAAUACAUUUACUUCAAGAUAUGCCUCUACAAUUGGUGUAGAUUUUUACAGUCGUGCUAUUCGACUCAAUGAUGAGAUUAUAUCAUUACAAUUAUGGGAUAACAGCUGGACAAGAAAGAGAUACAAUGCUGAUUUUAUUGAGAGCAGUGCUAAGACAGGAUAUAACGUGG